UAUUUUGGGUAUGAUGAUAAAAUUCAUAUAGAUAAUAAAUGGAAUCAUUUCUAUUUAUUAUAUGAUCUAUAUAAACAGUCGUCUGAUUCAAUAUAUUUCUAAUCUAAUAUUAUCCAUAUAUUAAAUAUUAUACCUAAUAUUUUAUUUUAGAUGGUAUUCAAGUAAGAAUUCAACUGAAUUAACUUCAUUUGAUGACUAUAUUGAAAGAUCCAAGCCUGGAUAAGAUUCAAUCUAUUAUUUAGCUGGUGAAAAUAAAGAAUAAUUAUUGGCAUCUCCAAUUAUUCAAGGAUUAAUUAAAAAAGGAUAUGAAGUAUUAUUGUUGGAAGAUCCAGUUGAUGAAUUCACAUUUUAACAUUUGAAUGAAUAUAAACAAAAGAAACUUGUAAAUGUAGGAAAAGGUGACUUCAAAUAACCUGAAGAUAAUGAUGAAUAAAGAAAGAAAUAAAAAGCUUUAAAGAAAGUAUUCUAACCUUUGACUGAUUGGUGGAGAAAGUUAUUAUCAGAAAAUGUUGAUUCAGUAGUCAUUUCAUAAAGAUUGAUUGAAGACCCACUCAUUGUUGUUUCUUCAGAAUCUGGAUAUUCAGCUAAUAUGGAAAGAAUAUCAAAAGCUUAAGCUUAUUCAAGCAAGGGAAGUAAUUCUCAACAAUUUGGUAAGAAGAUAGUUGAAAUCAAUCCAAAUCAUUAAGCUAUAUAAGAAUUAUUAUAAAGAGUUAAAGAUGAUCCAGAUUAAGAAACUGAAGAAAUGGCUAGAGUUCUCUAUGAAGCUGCUUUAGUCAAUUCAGGUAAUAUUUAUCAUUUAUAUUUAUCUAGGAUAUUCUAUCCCAAAUCCUGAAAAAUUUGCUAGUAGAUUCUAUAAAUUAUUUAAUUCAGCCUUGGGUAUUGAUAGAGAUGCACCAAUUAAAGAAUUUGAAGUUGAAAUUGAAGAAGAACCAGAAACUUCAUCUGAACCUACAGUUGAUUAAGAUGGAACUAAAUGGGAAAAAGUAAAUACAGAUGAUGCAUAAUGGGAAACUGUAAGUGAUGAUAAAAGAGAUGAUUUAUGAUUCAUUUAUACAUUUUGUAUUGUAAAU